UGCAAUGGGAGCCCUCAGGUGGCUCUUGUGGGCCGGGCUGGGCUGCCUGAGCUGCUGCUGUCCCCCUCUGGCACAGGCACAGUUUCCCCGUGCCUGCAUGACGGUGCAAGCCCUCCGCCUGAAGCGCUGCUGCCCAGCCCUGGGGACAGAGCCAGGCAAUAUCUGCGGGGCCCUGCAGGGCAGGGGACAGUGUGAGGGGGUGCAGGCAGACACUCAGCCCUGGAGUGGCCCCUACACUCUCCAAAAUGUGGAUGACCGGGAACGCUGGCCCCUCAAGUUCUUCAACCAGAGCUGUCGGUGCACAGGAAACUUUGGUGGCUACAACUGUGGCGAAUGCAAGUUUGGCUGGACCGGCCCUGAGUGCGACAGGAGGAAGCCAGCAGUUGUCAGGAAGGACAUCCACUCCCUGACAGCAGAGGAGAGAGAGCAGUUCUUUGAUGCUCUAGACCGUGCCAAGACAACCAUUCACCCAGACUAUGUCAUUGCUACUCAGCACUGGAGAAGUCUGCUUGGUCCAAGUGGAGAGGAGCCCCAGAUUGCCAACUGCAGCAUUUAUAACUACUUUGUUUGGCUUCAUUACUACUCAGUCAGAGACACACUCCUGGGUCCUGGCCGCCCCUUCAAAGGUAUUGAUUUCUCCCACCAAGGACCUGCCUUCGUUACUUGGCACAGGUACCACUUACUGUGGCUGGAGAGGGAGCUGCAGCGCCUGCUGGGCAACGAGUCCUUUGCGCUGCCCUACUGGAACUUCGCCACGGGCAGGAAUGAGUGUGACAUCUGCACAGACCAGCUCUUUGGGGCACCACAGCCCGAUGGCCUGAUCAACCCCAGCUCCAGGUUCUCCCGCUGGCAAGUAGUUUGUAACAGCUUGGACGACUACAACCGGCUGGUGACGCUGUGCAAUGGCUCGGCCGAGGGCCCGCUGCGCCGCCGGCUGCCCCAGCGCCCCGGCCGGCCGCUGCCCAGCGCGGAGGAUGUCCGCAGCUGCCUUUCCCUGCAGGACUUCGACAGGCCCCCCUUCUUCCGCAAUUCCAGCCUCAGCUUCAGGAACGCGCUGGAGGGCUUCGAUCAGCCCGAUGGAGCCCUGGACUCGCCCAUGCUGAGCCUUCACAAUCUGGUGCACUCUUUCCUCAACGGGACCAGUGCUCUGCCCCACGCAGCUGCCAACGACCCCAUCUUUGUGGUUCUUCACUCCUUCACCGAUGCCAUCUUUGACGAGUGGCUGAAGCGUUUCAAGCCGCCUGCCAGCGCCUGGCCGCAGGAGCUGGCCCCCAUCGGGCACAACCGGCUGUACAACAUGGUCCCGUUCUUCCCGCCGGUGGCCAACGACCAGCUCUUCCACACUGCCGAGCAGCUGGGCUACACCUACGCCAUCCGCCUGCCAGGCUCCCUUGAGGAAACCCAAGCAUGGGCUGUCAUGGUUGGAUCCACAAUUGCAGGAGCACUUAUAGCUCUGGCUGUGCUUGUUCUGCUGCUUGUACUUUUCCAGCACCGAAGGCACAGAAGAGGUUUUGAACCCCUGAUGAAUGUGAGCUUCAGCCCCAAAAAGUACAUGGGAGAGGCCUAGUGCCCUCAAUCCUUCCUUUGCUUGCUCUUGUAGGGACUGACCUUGAUUGCCUUACUGCUAUCUUAGCUGAGACUUUAUUACACACUCCUUUGGCAGCUCACUAAACUGUUCUCAUUCAGGUUUUUCCUGUUAUCUUAUGUGAAGUCUCUGGAUACAUAUGAGCAAAGCCCAAUUCAGGCUAGAUUUUUCUCAUUAUUAAACGUUAUCUGGAGUGUGUGACACCUGUAAAUCAUCCUCUAUAGAUUUAGUUCAAGACAGCUGAGAAUCCAAGUAGGAGAAAACCAACUUGAAUAACCAAGAUAAAUUUUUACCUCAAUGUGUUCUUGAUUUCAUUUAGCAGCAUUAAGAUGUGCUUAAAGUUAUUAACUGUAAGUGUAUAUUUGAAUAAUGUAUUAUUUUACAGUUAUCAAUAAAUAUUCUGAAUAGCAUAGUCUUGUUUUAAGUUUCAAAAUGUUUCACGCUGUUUGACAAAAUACUAUAGAAACUCCCUGGUUACAGUUUAUUUCAGAAUCAUGAUCAAUUCUGUAUGUUAUUUCCAAUAAAGUUGAUGAAAGCAACAGGAAAACUCCAAAACUCCAGCUCCUAAAAUUUAAGAUCAGGAGCUCCCUAACACCUUGAUAUACACAGGUGUUUUACCUCUGUGUUAGGGACUUUGGGCAGAAAUUGAAAGUGGGACUAAACUUUUUUGUCUUUGAUGUGCUGCUCUAUGAAGCUAGGCUUAAACUUCCAAAUUUCCAAAAUCUAGGAACCCAUUUGUGUGGUUCACCUGUGUUAUCUUGGAACAGUUUUUUACAUAGAAAUGACAUCUUGAACAGAUCCUGUCAGCUUUGGUGCUUGAUAUAUGACACUAAUGGAGUAUUCAGACUUCGUGUAUUGUGAGGUCUCAAGUCUUAUAAAACCUUUACUUUUGUCGCCUUGAAUAAAAAAAUUCAGUUAGUAACA